CCCCUUCUUAAUUAAUGUACAUAACUCCAUAAAAAUAAUUAUAAACAGAAAUAACUCACCAUCCUUCUCCACUGGAAGGAGCAGCUUCUGUCUGCUGAAGUUCAAAUUGUAACAUCAAAGACCUGAUUCUGGACCAAGAGACUCCACUGCAGGAUCAGACACCAGGUUCCUGGUUCCUCAGGAACCAUGCCCUCUGACUUUAUGACACCGUUUCUGGAGCUGGACGAGGAGUUCUGCAAGAGUUUCCGCGCCCUGGAGGCGACAGAUGGAACCAUCUCGCAGGAGCAGCAGCAGCAGUCACACAGUCAAAGAGUCGUGGGCUUCCAACGUCACCAUUCCUUCUGUCCGGUCACUCUCCCCAACUCCAAAUUCAACAGCAGCGGCUGUGAUGUGACAGACGCAGUCUGCUGGGGGCUCAGCGUGCCCUCCGUCCAGCAGUGGAACAGGGAAAACCAGCUCCCUCGCUCCUUGCUCAGCCACAUCCCCUUUAGAGGUGAUCGCUCAGUCAGCAUGAUCGAGAGCAAGGUGUGCGGCAGAGUGGAGAAAACCGCGAACGUGACACCAUCGCUGCUGGUCCCUCCGCCUGGCCUCUGUCUCAGCAAAAGCUCUUUCUCCCCCACCUCACCCUCCUCUGCCACCAAACCCCUGACUCCCACCCCUCACAUCUCCACUCGCUAUAAAACCGAACUCUGCCGAACCUACGAGGAAAGCGGGGCUUGUAAGUACGGCGCCAAAUGUCAGUUCGCCCACGGCUUAGACGAACUACGAGGCCUCAGCCGGCAUCCCAAGUACAAGACGGAGCCAUGCCGCACCUUCCACACCAUCGGUUUUUGCCCUUAUGGUGCCCGCUGCCACUUCAUCCACAAUGCUGAUGAGCUCCACACCACUGCGUCGCCGCAGAAGCUGAGGCCUCCUCUGCUUCAUCACAGUGUCAGCUUUGCAGGCUUCUCUUCUUUACCCCAAAGUGUCCAACCAGCUGAAGAGACACGGCCUUCCUCACUCCUCUUCACCCGGGCCUCGUCUGUGUCCCCUUCUCCCUCCUCCAUAGGCAGCCCCGAGCUCCUCUCCCCUCUGUUCCCAGAGCCGGGCCCACUGAAGCAUUGCUUCUAUCCUUUCUCCGGUGUCACCGAUUUGGCAAACGAGAGCAGCAAUUCAGCUCUAGACUUCUAUACUGCAACAGAUUCCACCAACACCAGGUGUCCCACCUCAAAAAACCCCAAUCUCCCCUACCACUUCCCCCAGGAGCCUCCUGUGUCCAUUAGCGGCCUCCCCGACCUUCAGCGCUGCUCCUCAGCCGAGUCCCUGUGUGAGGAAGGCUACACCUCCUCUUCCUCCAUCAGCUCGUCCUCCUCCAGCGGCGCAGACUCUCCGAGCUUUGAGGGUCGACGCCUGCCCAUCUUUAGCCGUCUAUCUGUUUCAGUAGAGAGUAGAGACAGGUUUUACUGCAGGGCUAAAUUCAUCCAGAAGACCAGAUCUAAGUAAAUCUGUGACAACGGAUCCACUUUAUUUACACCACAGCAUCCCGAUGAAGUCACAGAGGCUUAGAAUGUUAGCUUUUUGGUUCCUGUGUAGGUGCAGACAGGUAAAUUAAACUAACUUUGUGCAUAUUGCAUUUCUUAUCCAAGCAGUUGUAGCGCUGCUCAGUGUUCGUCCAGUUUUAGCUGACUUCUCUGUUUUGUUGUGUUUUUUUGUCUUAU